AUGGCCUCGAUUGUGCGCCAGUCUCCCUUCCUUCGGCAGACUUGCCUCUCUGCCUUCCGUUCGCCGCUGGCGACCCGGAAUGUCUCGCAGGUCGUGGCCUUCCACGCCUCUGCGAAGAAGCAGAUCUUGCCCCCAUUGCCUCCGAACGAUGCUGCUCCCAUCCCCAAGCCUCACCCUUCGGAGGGUAGCUACCACUGGACUUUCGAGAGACUUGUCUCCGCUGGACUGAUCCCUCUUACCUUCGCCCCUUUUAUCGGUGGCUCUCUCAACCCCGUCAUGGAUGCAGUUCUCUGCUCCCUUAUCGUUGUGCACUCUCAUAUCGGAUUCCACAGGGCUUGCAUCAUCGAUUACUUCCCUGGCCGCCGUGUCCCCAAGACCCUGACGUUCCUGAACUGGCUCCUACGUGGCUUCACUCUCACCACCGCUGUGGGUCUGUAUGAGUUCGAGACAAAUGACGUUGGCAUUACGGAGGCUAUCAAGCGGGUGUGGAAGGCGUAA